AUGGGUGAACAGAGGGUGGUCGGCCAAGGCGGCGCGACUGAUAGAGGGGCGGGGGUGGGGGUGGGACGCACCGGGCUGCGCGACUUGGAGCGUGCGCUAGGGACGGGGGAAGCUUUGCGCUCAGAGGGAGCGCGGCGGGGCGGGGGGGAGGCGCAAGAGUUGCGCGUGGGCUUGGCCUUAGGGGCGGGCGGGGCGGGCUGCGCGGGGAGCGCAGUGGACGCAGAAGGCGCGGGGAGCGCGGAGGGCGCGAGGGGCGCAGAAGGCGCGGGGAGCGCGGAGGGCUGCGAGUCCGCCGCCGGGAACAGCCCGGGGAACCGUGCGCCGUACUUACGUACCAGCGCAGGGUCAUCCCGUGCUAGUGCGACGAAGGACUGGAGCACCUCGACGCUCGGCUGGGACGAGAUAGGCGCAGACAUCCUAACAACCUACCUGGCGGAUUCGAGUACGCGCACGUUCCGGGAGAAGAAUCCGCAAGAAACUCCCGGCAAUCGUGUCCUAGCGGGGUCGACUAGGAGGCCCCCCAAGGCUGACUGA